ACUGUGCAUCGUCCAAAACGUAAUGAGUGUAACUGGGGUGAUUGCUUCGCCAAAAGCGAGUAUACUUUAAAACAUCUCUUUCAAAUGGGUUUUUUGCUGUUUGCCAAAUUUUUUGCGGAAUCCACACAGAUUCAUCUUCCCAUUUAUCGUCAUCCGGUGGAUCAUAUACUCUCAUCUUCUUUGCUUCUUCAAUUUCAUCAAACUCAUUCAUGUUCGAUUGCUUUGCAGGAUUCCGAAUUACGUAUUCAUCAUUAUCGUUAAUAAUUUCUAAAGGACGCUCAAGUUCCGCUUCGCUUUCAUGCAUUUCUUCCGAUGCGCUUUCCGUUCCUGACUUGGAAUCUUCUUGAAAGUCUUCUGGCAUAGAGAGCUCGGUUAAAUCCUUCAUGCCUUCAAUCCCAACAUAGUUGAAGAUAAAAAUCAUGCCAGCGAUACUUAUGCAUGCAAGUAACAAGUUUUUCAUUCGAAGCUUUGGCAUGUUUGCAUACUCUGGUGAUCCUUUUUGUUACAAAGUACUAAAAAACAAAAAGAAAGUAAGCAAAAAAUAAAAUGUAAAAGAUCACGACUUACAAAUCCCAAGUCCUCUUCGAUCUCGAGUAGCCAAAUUACCUACAGUAUCCAAAAGUCAACGCUAUGUACUCAGGCUUCAUUCAGCGAAGUAAAGAAUAAAAAGUUUUAAACUUAUUUAAAUCUUUAUAGAUAAUUUUGUUGUUUUUGAUGGUCACCUGCUUGUUUGUUGAAUUUCAGAUCAACACGGAACCAGUCAACGAGGAACCAUUACACUAGCGUAAAGUCUACGUGUAUACAAAUUGUCCUGUCGAAAACACAACACAUACGAAAACAAUUGUGGUUGGAAAACCUGCAAAUUUAUCCUUCUUUCCUUUCAUAAAGGAGUAAAAGGUAGAACAGGAGAAAUUUUGUUUGGUCAUCUAUGCUUCGAAACCAUCAUUAUUGUAUCGUCUUCUAACCGUAAUUAAUAUUUUUUCCCUCUUUUUGAUUUUUUGAUCCCUCCUUGUGAUAUAACUUCUCUAGCUCUUUCAGGAUUUGACGUGUUCUCUAAUUUCUUCCUCUCAACUUUACUAUUCCUUACAAUAUACACAAAAAAUGCUAGGUAAUGGAGGACAUUACAGGACUAGUCUAAAAUCUGAAAGUAGCGACUCUCUUCGUCUAACGCCUGCCAAAUUUCGAGGAUAUUCCUCUCUACAGAAGUUUUCUACGAAUCAUACAUCUAGCGCUUCGAGCCGUAUGUCGAGUGCGUCUUCUUCUGCAGCAUCUUUGACUGAUAUGGUCCGAAAUAUCGAACGUCCUGAAUCCAGUUCUGGUCCCAACUCAGGAACCCACAGACAUGGUUUUUCGAACGGCGAUCUUCCUACUAAUGAGAGUGCUGCUUAUUACCGUAGAUCUACCUCGGUAGACGAUUUUUGUUCGUCUCAAGUAAAACCUCGCAAUGAUAGUUCAAGUUGGAAAUCAAAUGUCACUGAACACUACUAUAAGCUUACCACAACCCAUCCACCUGACUCUUUAAGUCACAGAAGUUAUCCUCAUAUGCAUGGAAGUAGCGGAAGCCUUAUAACGCCUGUUGCGGAAUAUCCUGAGGGCCCUUCUGCUUCCUCGUCAAGACGCCAUGGUGGUUCCAAGUCUGCAUCUAGUUUGCCUUCUGUUGUUCCUACAUCUUCGAAUUCUUUGUCAGCUUACCGAGAACAAGUCCAUCCUGCUUUUUUGUCCCAGGUGUCAGUGGAGUUCCGAAAGCGUCUCAUAGUUGGCGAUCGAGUUAAAGAUGGUUUACUAUACAAGGAUGCAUUUUUAGGCUGUGAAGCUGUUGAUGUUUUACUGCAGAUUAUUCGGACGAAUGAUAGAAAUUUAGCAUUACUUUUAGGACGAGCAUUGGAUUUUCAAAAACUGUUCCAUGACGUUACUUACUCUCAUCGUUUGCGUGAUUCUCGCAAAGAAGUUUAUCAAUUUCGAAGAACACUCCCUCCUCCUGAAGCUAUGGCGUCGAUAUCGCCAGUUAUCGCUUCCUAUGAAAACCAUUUUGUCUACCCCGAGAAGAGAACUUCGACAUCUGACUCUGUUGAUUCCAUUGUGUCUGAAAAUUCCUAUGCCCCAUCUACCUCUACCUCUACCCAACUUAAUCAUGCGCCUUAUUUAACUUCCGCGACUCCUUUGAUGAAAGAUUCAGACUCUGUUGAAGAAGCUGAAACAGAAAAGGACCCGAAAGGGGUAUUCACGAUCCUUACUGAUUGUUACUCUCCAACUUGCAGUAAAAACCGUUUGUGCUAUUCUAUAUCUUGUCCUCGCCGUCUAGAGCAACAAGCUCGUUUGCAUAUGAAGGUACAGCCUGUUCUCAAAGCCGGUGCUUCUUACUUGGUGGAUAAGCAAGAAGAGGAGCAUCGUCUUUGGUCAGACAAUGUACCUAAGCAUAUCGUUGAGCAAAUAGAUAAUCGCGAAUGGAAGAGACAAGAAAUCAUCUUUGAAAUCAUUUAUACUGAACGCGACUUCGUUCGUGAUAUAGAGUAUAUCCGAGAUUUUUGGAUUAAACCCCUUUCGACCUCUAACGUAAUUCCCGAAAAGUUUCGACAACCAUUCAUUAGAACGGUUUUCCAUAAUAUAAUGCAGGUGCACGCUGUUAAUUCGAGACUCUCUAAUGCACUUAAUAGGGUACAGACUUUACAACCAGUAGUUCAUAGCGUUGGUGAUAUCUUUUUAGACUAUGUCCCCAAGUUUGAACCGUUCAUUAGAUAUGGUUCUAAUCAGACUGUCGCAAAAUUUGAGUUUGAGAGGGAAAAAGGGUCCAAUCCCGCAUUUGCCAAGUACGUUCAUGAAGUUGAAAGACUUCGUGAAUCUAGGAAGUUGGAACUUAAUGGGUAUUUAACAAAGCCAGUUACCAGGCUAGCAAGAUAUCCACUCUUAUUAAAUGGGGUUUUAAAGUACACUGAAAAAGGUAACCCUGAUUUAGAAAAUAUCCCGAAAGUCAUUGAAAUGAUACGUGAAUUUCUAACCAAGGUUAACUACGAAACCGGUAAAACUGAGAAUCGUCUUGCGUUACUCCAAUUAAAUGAGCAACUUUCAUGCAGCGACUUUGAGAAACAACGUCUUGCCUUGCUCGAUGACUCUCGUUUGCUUAUCUUCAAAGGAACUGUCAGAUUAAAAGCUACUGGAUAUACUAAUGGUGAUACAGAAAGUGAUAUUCAUAUGUUCCUUUUAGACAAUUAUCUUCUAUUGACUAAAUUAAAACUCGGUUUAAAACGUGAACAACAUAAGUUGCAAUUGCGACCAUUGCCUUUGGAGUUAUUGGUUAUUUCUUGCAUGGAGGAUGUUUCAACUCGCGGUUCCGUCUCUCGUCGUCCAUCUUCUACGAUAUUGACAAAUCCGAUUCUAAUUGCUAAAGGGACUACCUCCUCUCCUUUAAAAUCUUAUGGCCUACAACUGCAGCUUCUUGGAACUCGUGGUUUUCAAAUCUCUUUGUAUUUGAGUACUUUAAUAGCACGGGACCAAUGGAAGCAGCAUAUUGAGCGCCAACAACAAGCAUUGUUUACAAAGCAUCUUAUAUUCGAAACAAUCGGUUUAUGUAAUGAAGCUUAUUUCUAUAAUAACAAAAUAACUUCUGCAGUUACUUAUGAUGCAGGACGAAAAUUGGUUUUCGGCUCUUAUAGGGGCUUAUACGUAUCGUCACGAAAAGGGAGCAACGGUGUUUGUUUAGGGCCAAGACUUAAGAUUCCAUUAACAAACAUUACGCAAGUUGAUUUGAUUGAACAGCAUAACUUGUUGCUUAUUGUAGCUGAUAAAACACUGUAUGAGUGUUCCCUUGAUUUACUUGAUACUGCAGAACAGGUCAGUUUAAAGAGUCUUCGCCGCAUUACGGGCCAUGUGAGCUUUGUAAAAAGCGGGUUCUGUUUACAAAGAGUGCUUGUAUGCGCUGUAAAGUCUACGGUUUUAAGCACCACGCUCCGGAUUUUUGAAGCGGAUAGUACAUCAAAAAAUAAGCGGUCUCAGUCUCUGAAAAAGACAUUUGGAGGAUCUACAACCUUGAAGAUAUUUACUGAACUGCAGAUGCCAAUGGAAGCGCUGUCUAUUCACUUUCUGAAGACAAAGCUUUGUGUGGGUAGUACGAAAGGCUUUGACAUUGUCAGUCUCGAAAGUGCCGUAUUUCAGUCACUUUUAAAUCCGGCGGAUACCUCAUUUCGGUUUUUAGAAAAAAAAGAGAAUGUCCGUCCUAUUGAAAUGUUUCGAUUGAAGGGCGAAUUUUUACUUUGCUAUUCUGAGUUUGCAUUCUUUGUAAAUACAAACGGCUGGCGUAGUCAUCAUGGUUGGUUGAUUCAUUGGGAAGGACAGCCGUUAAGUUUUGCACUUUGCUAUCCUUAUAUUCUAGGAUUUGAGCCAGAUUUUAUUGAAGUUCGACAUACUGAAACAACAGAGCUCGUUCAAAUUAUCAAAGGUCACAACAUUAAGCUUCUAACUGAUGGCCGAGGCUUAAUUAGUGAGGGUGGAGAAAUCUUGUAUAGUACUGAAGGAAGUUCGUUGAUUAAUCCGGAAGACAGAGAUAUUGUUCAUUCGUUGGUCCUUCCAUCUCAUAAUGCAGCAGGUCCUGCUUUGUAAAAUUUAGCUUAUCAAAAAAAUCAUGAAAGAUAGUACGAUGUUGUCGUUCCCCAUUGCCUUUCAUCGACCGUCCUCGUGGCUUUCUUUUGUUGUUUGAUCAUUCAUUUUUAUGUUUUUUUAUUGUCUUAUCGGUUGUAUCUUAAUAUUACAGAAUUUGCAUUUUAUGAUUCUUUCUUUUACACGUUUAAUGCUUCACAGCAUGCCUUUUUUCAUUGCAUUUUCAAACUUUCCUUUGUUUAACAAAGGCAUCCUGCUGUGAAGGUAGAAACACUUUAAAGAUUUGUUUUGACUUGGUUACACAGUUUCAAUCGGAUUUGUAAAAAUCGUUUCAUUGUUAAUAAAGAUUAUCUACUUAUCGAGAGCUGGCAAAUUGCUAGUUUUAAUAAUAAAAUACCAUGA